AACACGUUGUGUAACUUCCUGUACACGCAGGGUCCGUUCCGCAAAUCGUCCGCUGUUCUGGUUCAGAAGGCCAAAUAGCGACAAUUAGCUUCAAGGACAUCAUGGCUGCAACACUGCGUUUACUCUUCUCUGUGUCAAGGCCAGGCACUUUUGUGACCAGCCAGAGUCUAGUGAGAUCCUUCAGUGUCUCUGCACAAAGGGAAGGAUUCAAGUAUGUGAACGCCCAGGAGAUUCCUACAGACAUGAAGUCCAUCACAGACCGAGCUGCUCAGACGCUGCUGUGGACAGAGCUCUUCAGAGGUCUGGGCAUGACGAUGAGCUACCUGUUCAGAGAGCCUGCAACAAUCAACUACCCAUUUGAGAAGGGGCCGCUGUCGCCCCGCUUCAGAGGAGAGCACGCCCUGCGCAGGUAUCCCUCAGGAGAGGAGCGCUGUAUUGCCUGCAAGUUGUGUGAAGCUAUCUGCCCUGCCCAGGCCAUCUCCAUUGAAGCUGAGACUCGAGCUGACGGCAGCAGGAGGACAACUCGCUACGACAUCGACAUGACCAAAUGCAUCUACUGUGGCUUCUGUCAGGAGGCGUGUCCUGUGGACGCCAUCGUAGAGGGCCCUAACUUUGAGUUUUCCACUGAGACCCAUGAAGAGCUGCUCUACAACAAGGAGAAGCUCCUCAACAACGGAGACAAGUGGGAAGCAGAGAUAGCCGCCAACAUACAAGCUGAUUACCUUUACCGAUAGUCACCCCACACACACACACACACACACACACACACACACACACACACACACACACACACACACACACACACACACACACACACAGUGUACAAGUUAGCACAUACCAACAUAACCUCUGUGACACAUACGUCCAAACUGUACAUACUGUAAGAAGACAGGCGCAGCUGUGAUGGAUGUGCUUCAGGGUUGGAUUUCUUUUGUUUCAGACUUCAGCGUCAUCCUCUUCUGAUCCGAUGAUUUUACUUUGACAUGUUUCUGAUUUUUACCAUGGUAUUGUCUGGAAGACAUAUUUAUUGUAGGAAAGUGAAUACUACACUGGCUGUCUGUGUGCCAGCAUGGAGCAGUGUGUGGUUAUCCACUGAGGACCAUGUGGUUGUGUCUGCGCAGUCCGACUUGACCAACGCACACAGUGUGAGUCAUGCUGUGACAGUAUUGGUGCUGAUGACAGACUUCAUCCUGGUUUGAUCCUGAUGUCCCAUAGAAGUGCAUGUGGAUUAUUGUUAUUAUCUUGGAUGUCAGUCAGUUUUAUGGUCUUGACGCUGUUUCCACCCCACCUCACUCAAAUAAUAAAGUUCUGGGAGAAACA